AUGGUUCAACUUUCAGCUACAUUAGUUGCUGUGGGUGCGGUAGCCACGCAAGCCGCAACAGUCUCUAGAUGCUCGCCGUCCCAUCUCCCCAAACCCGAGCUACUUGGAGCUUCUAUCCUCGGUGUUCAAGCUGACGAAGUCCACAACUAUUCAGCUGUCAGUCUUGGCCCGGGUUCCAAUGAGGGAAAGAAGUACACCAUCAGCUUUUGCAACGUCACAGUUACAUACACUCAUCCUGGUUGGAAUGAUACAAUCAACACUCAGAUCUGGCUACCACUCGAGGACUGGAAUGGCAAGUUCCAAGCUUUGGGUGGUGGAGGUUACAGCACUGGCUUCGGCCCUACCUACCUCACAUACGCCGUCGCCCAAGGUUUCGCAUCUACCUCCACCGAUGGAGGUCAUGAGGUGGGAGGCCAAGCUGUUCCAACCGAUCUCACGUGGUCUCUGAAGAGCAAAAAUAACCUCGAUUGGUAUCUAUUCGAAGACUAUGCAUCCAAGGCCACCAAUGACAUGGGAGUGAUUGGAAAGCAGAUCACCAAGUCGUUUUACAAGAAAGCUGCCAAAUAUUCCUAUUUUGCCGGGUGCUCUGGCGGUGGAAGACAAGGCCUAAUGAUGGCGCAAGACUAUCCGGAUGUCUUCGACGGCAUCUUGGCUAUCGCUCCCGCUAUCAACCUGGAAACCUUCAUUCCUGCAGGCUACUGGCCCGCGCAUGUCAUGAACAAGCACCAUAUUUACCCAUCUCCUUGUGAGGUUCAGGCUUUCACCAAAGCAGCAAUCAAAGCCUGUGAUAGGUUGGAUGGAGUGGAAGAUGGCAUUAUCAGCUUGCCAAAUUAUUGCAAUGUCAGGGCCCACGACUUCGUCGGACAGGACUACACAUGCAAAGGAGUACAGCAUACUCUGAGCGCGUCAGGUGCAAAGGUUGUUCAAGCUGCCUGGUCUGGGUCUGGGGAGGCUGGUUGGACUGGCGUCAACAAAGACGCAGCAAUCGACCGCUACUAUGUCCCAACCACCUGUACCGGCAAUGGCACAUGCACCACUGGGGAUAGUUCCUUAUUCGGCAACUGGUUCAAAUACGCCGUUGCCAAAGAUGCUAGCUUCUCACUUCAGAACAUGACUGAUUCUAUGUUUUUUGAUAUGUUGCAUGCCUCAACCCGCCAGUAUGAAUCAAUGGUCGGAAACAACAACCCUGAUUUGUCCAAGUUUAAGGCACAUGGUGGAAAGAUAAUUGCGUGGCAUGGACUUGCAGACGAAACAAUCCCACCAAAUGGAACAGUCAGCUACUACGAGGAAGUGUUGAAGCAGGAUCCCAAAGCUCACGACUUCUACCGCUUCUUCGAAGCGCCUGGCGUUGGCCACUGUUAUGGUGGAAUGGGCCCAAUUCCCAAUGGUGCCAUGUCGCAAUUGAUGGAAUGGGUCGAAAAAGACCAUGCUCCUGUCACUCUCCACGCUACCAAAGGCAGCAACAACACUGCACGAGACUUGUGCCCGUAUCCCCUCCGCCAGAAGUUCAUUGGCGGUGAUUCCAGGAACGCCACAUCUUUCACCUGCGCUAAAUAG